AUGCUUUUGGAUAUUAUCAUGGGUGUCCUACUGAGCUGGCAAAUCUUCGUAGCUCCCGAGCCAAGUGUCUCCCAGUAUCCACCGGACGACAUCAGGAACAACCGUUCAGACUGGAUCAAAGAGCUAUUGCAGAAUGCAUCGAAAGUCCCGCGUCGGAAUCGGUCAGAUCCAUCUACCAAGGUCCACAAGCAUCCGCACUGCCCACAGGUGACAAGACAUACAUUUAAAACAAGCGAUCCAAAGAACCCCUGGUUUGAGCUCCUUUCGCAAUAUUGCGAGAGGAAACCGCCGGAAAUCCCUCAACCAGUAAUGGGAACGUUCAGCCUUCAUCCUCGUGAUUGCGAAAUAUGUUGCAUAACUCGCGGUAGGAAUAGUUUCACUUACACAGUGAAGGAUGCCUGGAAUCGACAACCCUGUUCGCACAGGAUGAGAUGUAACUACAACGGUAAAUGUGUGAACGCUGAUUUGGACGACCUUCCAAACAAACUUCCUGCACCUUUCGCCGAAAUGGUCGAUUUUACCUUUGAAAAUAUGUGGACUGGGUAG